UUACAUGUGACGUCACAAAGCUGAAUAUGAUCGUAGACUGGGAACGUAUAUAAAAGCCUUCACGAAUUCAAAUCAGCAGUACAGUUUUGUAUCCCAUCCAAUUAAAACUAAAAAUGGCUUUUAAGUUUGUUGUAUUGAGCUGUUUGGUAGCAGCCGUGAGCGCUGGUCUCCUGCCAGCUGCUCCUUUGGCUUACUCACACGCCGUUCAUGCUCCAGUCGCCUACGCUGCUCCUGUUGCCAAAGUUGUAUCUGCCGUCGACGAAUACGACCCCCAUCCCCAAUACAGCUUCGCAUACGACGUUCAAGAUGGCCACUCUGGUGACUCCAAGAGCCAACACGAAACCCGUGAUGGUGAUGUUGUCCAAGGCUCCUACUCUGUUGUAGACCCUGAUGGUCACAAACGCACCGUUGAUUACACUGCUGACCCCCACAACGGUUUCAAUGCCGUGGUUCGCAGAGAGCCCCUCGCAGUUCAGGCUGUUGCUAAAGUGGCUGCCCCAAUCCAAUACCACGCUAGUCCAGUCCAAUACCACGCUAGUCCAGUCCAAUACCACGCUGCUCCAGUUGCUUACGCUGCUGCCCCGGUCGUCCACUCUGCCCCAGUAGCCUACUCUGCCCCUCUGUACCACCAUUAAGAUAAACAAAACGUGCCAAACUGUACAUAAAUUAAUCAAUAAAGUGUAAAUUAUUAAA